UGUAAGGAUGGCCUUUAAUCUUGCAUUCUUGAGCUCAGUCGUCAUCAUCCUUUCAGCCUUUUCCCCGGUGAUAACUGCACUGAGCUCGAAUUAUUACGAUAAGAGCUGUCCUAACGUUGACCAAAUCGUUUCAAAUGCUGUCAAGAAAGCGGCAGCUAAUGACAGAACUGUCCCGGCUGCUCUGCUCAGGAUGCAUUUCCAUGACUGUUUCAUAAGGGGUUGUGAUGCCUCUGUGUUGUUAAAUUCCAAAGGGAGCAACCAAGCAGAGAAAGAUGGGCCACCAAAUAUUUCUUUGCAUGCAUUUUAUGUCAUUGACAAUGCAAAGAAACAAGUGGAGGCUUCCUGCCCCGGUGUGGUCUCAUGUGCUGAUAUCUUGGCUCUAGCUGCAAGGGAUGCUGUUGUGCAAUCUGGAGGUCCAAACUGGGAUGUGCCAAAAGGAAGAAAAGAUGGAAGAACAUCAAAGGCUACUGAAACCAGACAAUUGCCAGCUCCAACCUUCAACAUAUCUCAACUGCAGCAGAGCUUCUCUCAGAGAGGUCUGUCCUUGAAUGACCUGGUGGCUCUUUCAGGAGGUCACACUCUAGGGUUCUCUCACUGCUCAUCUUUCCAAAACAGAAUCCACAACUUCAAUGCCACACACGACGUCGAUCCUUCACUGCAACCAUCCUUUGCAGCAAGCUUAAAGAAUACAUGUCCCGUCAAUAACAGGCCGAAAAACGCUGGCGCCACCAUGGAUCCUUCUUCAACAACUUUUGAUAACGCAUACUACAAGUUGAUCCUCCAGGGGAAGAGCUUGUUUUCUUCAGACCAAGCUCUGCUUAGUUUUCCAAAGACCAAAAAUUUGGUUACUAAGUUUGCUACUUCAAAGGAAGCUUUCUUAGAUGCUUUUGUGAAUUCUAUGAUUAAGAUGAGUAGCAUUACAGGUGGACAAGAGGUCAGGAAAGACUGCAGGAUAGUAAAUUAAUUGAGGGCCUUCAAUCUUAGUUGUAGUCAAAAUUUAAAACCAGAGAGCUGAAAAAUCCAUCAAAUAAGAUGGUUCUCUGUUAUUAUCUUUCUUUGUUUGAGAGAUUUCAGAGAGAAAUUGUUUGUCUGCUGUAAUUCAUAAUGUUCGUAAGGAUCUUGUUACAACAAAAGCUGUUAUAAAUACAAAGCUAUUAUAAAUAUUGG